AUACUUCUUACUACCAUGAACUUCGCCAUUCUAUUGUGGGGCUUUCUCCUCUCUCAAGGUGUUUCGGCCUUACCCAUUAGUCCGCAUGACCGAGACCCACAAGGA